CAUCUUCUGCAAACCGAUCUCAACGAUCCAAAUCUUCUCCCACUGAUCAGGUGGUCUCAGUUGCCUCUGUUGCUCUCUUCUCCAACCUCAGUCGCACACGACCUGUAGAAGAAGAAGCAGAAGCUACUCGGCUUGGCAAUCACCGGCAAAUGGCUGCGAUCUUAGCUCGGAAAUCUCUUCAGGCUCUUCGCGCUCGCCAGCUCGCUGUUUCUGGGCAAACAUUGCAGGGUUCUCACCGUUAUGGACUGCAGCUCAGUGCUCACCCAUACUCCACCAAAAAAGAGGAUGAAGACAGAGAGAAACUAGCAAAGGAAAUUUCAAAGGACUGGAGCUCUGUUUUUGAGCAAAGCAUAAACACAUUGUUUCUCACUGAAAUGGUCCGGGGUCUGAUGCUGACACUCAAAUACUUCUUUGAUAACAAAGUUACUAUCAAUUAUCCAUUUGAGAAGGGCCCUUUGAGCCCUCGUUUUCGUGGUGAACAUGCCCUACGUCGAUACCCAACUGGAGAGGAACGUUGCAUUGCAUGCAAACUCUGUGAAGCGGUAAGAGGUUUUUUUAUUUUUUUGGGUAGUUAUUAUAGGCAAAUCAAUGUCGGUCGCAAUAUCUUCAUCUCCAUCACAUGGGGAUAUAAAUUCUCUUGUGUCUUUAUUUUUCUGGUCCCUAGUUGAAUUACAUUUUGAGUU